AUGCAGGGAAGUAACGUGAUGGAGGACCAAGAUUUAAGAGACAUGGGGAUCACUGACCCAGGGCACAGAAAGAAAAUCCUCCAUGCAGCACGCGGCUUGCCCAAGGUGAAACCACUGGGUUGUGAUGGCAGCACAUCUUUAGCCUCUUGGUUGGACGGCCUUGGCCUGCAUGAGUAUCUUCCCAACUUUCUCUCCAAUGGCUACCGAACCCUGGAGUGUGUGAAGAACUUGUGGGAGCUGGAAAUUGUCAAUGUUAUUAAGGUCGGGCCCUUAGGCCACAGGAAGAGGAUUAUUGCAUCUCUAGCAGAGAGACCCUAUGAAGAAGCUCCCUCUAAAUCCCGUCGGCUGUCCCCAAUUAUGUUCCAUGACCUCCUAUCCCAGACCACUUCGCCCCUCAGUCAGUUGGACCCCUACACCAGUCGCUCCAUGGACAUGCUCCUCCCCCUGACUGAGUCGGACCGGAGGCGAAGAGCAGUCGAUCAAGACUGCAGCAUUUCGCUGCGAUCCUACAAUGAGAGGCCGCGCUCUGUAGACAGACACAGUGAACGACAUAAAGAGUCUCGAUUGAACCUCCGGCCGCCGAGCCACUCUGCCACGUACGCCACCGUGUCCGCCUGGCAUCACCAGCCUGAGAAGCUCAUCCUGGACUCCUGCAGGUACGAGGCAACAUAUUUAGGAUCAUUGAUAAUCAGGGAUUUACGAGGGAUUGAGUCCACACAAGAUGCCUGUGCUAAAAUUAGGAAAUCAAAGGAUUCCAAAAAGGGCCCAGUUGUCAUACUGUCCAUCACCUACAGAGGUGUCAAGUUCAUUGAUGCUGCCACUAAGACGAUAGUUGCAGAGCAUGAAAUCAGAAACAUCUCGUGUGCCGCCCAGGACCCGGAUGACCUCUGUACCUUUGCUUACAUCACCAAGGACUCUAAGAGUGGCCACCACUUCUGUCACGUCUUCAGUACUGUGGAAGUUAUCCAAACAUAUGAGAUCAUCUUAACACUGGGACAGGCAUUUGAGGUGGCUUAUCAGAUGGCAGUUCAGUCCAGGGCGAGACACUAUGUGCCUCCAACAUCUCUGGGCUCAGAGUUCAUAGAAACCAAAACCAGCCGCCCAGUGUCUCAGUCGUGGAACAGCACGAGAAGAUCAGCGGGCGCCCCUCUGCUCGAAUGCCGCUGCUGUCACUGUCACACGUGUACUACCCACCGUCCUUCCUUCCUCCCGUUGCACUCUGUUAGCCCUGGAAUCCAGAUCGACCCCCUGGAGAUGGAUGCCGACAUGCAGUCGCUGGGCAGCACCACCUGGCUCUGCGACCAGCGGGACUCCAACAGGCGUCCCGUCAGCACCAACUCGCCCCAACGUUCAAGUUUCCGGACACCAAGCUGUGAGUUGAAGGGGAGCAGCUGAUGCGAGUGUGUUUGCGUGUGUUGAAUUAGUGCACAAAGCAGUGGGAAAAUGGUUAAAAGAGAGAGAGAGAGAGAGAGAGAGAGGGAGAAGGGGCCAAACAGCGUUACUCUGACAUUUAGAUCUCACUCUGUACACCUCCUGCUCCUCCACUGCCCCCGAGAUGAAUUCCCAACUCACAGUCAAAAGGUAACUUGUGGUCCCACAUCACUGGCUGAACAGGACCUGUAUAUCACUCCUGUCUCGAGAGAGAAAGGUCAAGUCUACUUCCUGGCCUCCGUGUGACUUACGGAUCUUGUCAUGUAGGUACUGUUAUGUAUAGAGCACUGUAGACCGUUAGUAACAUAGACCAUUAAUGAGAAUUUCUGUUGAUUCGGGUCUACUGAAGAUGGCAAGAGCGCGGUUUGAAAAGGGGUAACAAAAGAGAAAAAAAUAAACUGUACCAGCAUACAAUGCUUUGCCCAUAUUUGUGGUCAGAGUAUGGUUUGUUGUUGAAAAUGUGAUACUGUUUCAAAUUUCAAAGCAAUAUUAUAUUCAUGAUAUUAAAUAAUACAAAGCCUAAAGAAACCCUCCUAAGUCUGUUGUCAGCAUUGAUUUUCUUUACAUGGCUGAGCAGUUAAAAACAGACACAUUACACCAGCUGUUUGAAAUCAAAAGUGACAUUACAAGAUGGUAAUUAUUGUACAAUUGUGCUUUCAUUGUUUCCCCCACUGAACAAGAUUAGUGGGUGGUGCGACUUCUAAUCUAAACAAACGAUUAGCCCCGUUUGUGCCUCUCUUGUACUUUAUUAUUUCCAAGUUGCAGAGCUGAAGCGCUCACUGAUCUUUGGGAAAAAAAAGAAAGAAAGAAAGAAAGAAAGAAACAAAGAUUAGCACUGCUGUGUCAGUGUUGGUGUUCAGAGAACCAUCUAAGUAUGAACAAAAAAAUUAAAUGUCAAGUGACUGAUUUUAAGCGUAACAGGGAAUGACAUGAAUUACAACACUUCACUUUCUGCAACAUAUUUUUAAACACAGAUUUACCUUGUAUUUUUUACGUGCUGUACUAAACAUGUAAAAACAAAUAUAUAAUCUCUGUAACAAUGUCAGUAAAGUUUUAGCAAAAGAAACAAGUCAAAAAUCUUUGUGGCACAGGACCCUGGAAAUCCCCUAAAACAAGAAGAUGAAUUGUUAGCCGACCUGACAUGUUUGAGGCUUUCUGAACAUUUAGCUUGCAGCUGAUGCACAGCUCUGUAACUUCCCAUCCACCUCACUGAGACAGCAGAAAAUUCACUCAAAGUUAAAGGAGCAUCCCCACUGUUUUCUCAUAUUGUGCUUCGUUGAUGUAAACUGAUUUAAAAAAGCAAACAAAAAAAUUAAUUUUAUUAAGACUGUGAAGAAUUGUUCAACAGGAUGAAGAUUUCACAAAAGAGUAAAUUAAAGAUAUAGCCUAAAUAAUUAUACUCAGAUUUUUGAAACUUGCUUAAACACCUUUACCUUGAGUCACAAGGUUGCAUACUCUAUCACAGUUAGCUUUGUUAAUUUUAGAUUUUUUAAAGUUCAUAUUGAUUCAUCUUUGUUAUAGAGGAAGCCAACUGCACAACACUCACUUCCUAUGUACUGUUCCUAAGUACAAAUGAUUAUGG